UCCUGUUACGUCACAGCGUCGGGCCUCCAUUAGAGCUGCAGCUGUUUUGAGAGAAACAACAACAAAACGGUCAGACUGACGGAGCUCCGCCGUGACAGUCCGCUCCAAACCUGGAAACGCAACCUUCAUUUCCCACCCGGAGCUCCGCCGGCUUCUAACCACGGCCGCUCUCGGUGAGGAAACUCUGGCCUCCGCUUCCUCCUCCUCCGACUCGGACACCGGCGGAGCGUCGCCGCCCCCGCGGAAGAAGCACCGAGCCUCGGCGGCGGAGGGAGCAGGAGAGCCCGGGGCUUCAGCAGUCGUAACAGGCCUGUCCGGAGUUGUCCUAGGACUUGCUACUCACUCUCAAGCCACCUCCGCCAUCCACUUCAACCGAAGCGUCGUCAACAACCUCAGCGGCAGCAUGCAGGCAAACGGGGCAGGGCAGGGACAGGAAUCCUCGGAGCUCUCCUGCCUGAACAGCGCACAAAACGGGGAGUCAUCCUCGGCCGGGGGGACCCACUCCAACGGGCUGCUCUCUAGCACGGACAACGGGAACAGCGUCGGCACCAGCAACGGCUCCUCAAUCGGGACUUCCUCGGCCGCCUCCACGGCCUCGGGCUCGGAGGUGGGCUCGCUGAAGAAGAAGAAGCGGCUAUCGCAAGCGGAGGAGGAUGUCAUACGAUUAAUAGGACAACAUCUUCACGGACUGGGGCUCAAUCAGACGGUGGAUCUGCUGAUGCAGGAAUCGGGCUGCCGGCUGGAACAUCCUUCGGCCACCAAGUUCCGAAACCACGUCAUGGAAGGAGAAUGGGACAAGGCUGAGAAUGAUCUCAACGAGCUGAGAGCACUGAUGCAUUCUCCCAACGCUAUUGUGCGUAUGAAGUUCCUGCUGCUGCAGCAGAAGUACCUGGAGUACCUGGAGGACGGCAAAGUCCUGGAGGCUCUGCAAGUCCUCCGGGGAGAGCUGACGCCGCUCAAGUACAACACAGAUCGCAUCCACGUCCUCAGCGGGUACCUCAUGUGCAGCCACGCCGAGGACCUUCGAGCCAAGGCCGAGUGGGAAGGGAAGGGCACCGCCUCACGCUGCCGGCUGCUGGACAAACUACAGAGUGAGGAUUCAUUUCCGUACUCCGACCCCGUUCUUUCUCCACAGUCUGUUCCACCCUCAGGGCUGAACUUGUGUCCUGAUCUUCCUGCAGCCUACCUGCCGCCCUCCGUGAUGCUGCCGCCUCGCCGGCUGCACACUCUGCUGCGACAGGCGGUGGAGCUGCAGAGGGACCGCUGCCUUUAUCACAACACCAAGCUGGACAGUAACCUGGACUCGGUGUCCCUCCUCCUCGACCACGUCUGCAGCAGGAAGCAGUUCCCCUGCUACACCCAGCAGAUUCUCACAGAACAUUGUAAUGAGGUGUGGUUCUGCAAGUUCUCCAACGAUGGCACCAAACUGGCCACCGGCUCCAAGGACACUACGGUCAUAAUCUGGCAAGUGGACCCGGAGAGCCACCAGGUGAAGCUGCUGAGAACCCUGGAGGGUCACGCCUACGGAGUCUCCUACCUGGCCUGGAGCCCUGACGACACCUACUUGAUCGCCUGUGGACCCGACGACUGCUCCGAGCUCUGGCUCUGGAACGUCCAGACGGGGGAGCUGCGCACCAAGAUGUCCCAGUCCCACGAAGACAGCCUGACCAGCGUGGCCUGGAACCCUGACGGCAAACGCUUCGUCACCGGAGGACAAAGAGGACAGUUUUAUCAGUGUGACCUGGACGGUAACUUGUUAGACUCCUGGGAGGGCGUCAGAGUUCAGUGUCUCUGGUGUCUGAGCGACGGACGGGCAGUUCUGGCCUCAGACACCCACCAGCGCAUCCGAGGAUACAACUUCGAGGACCUAACGGACAGAAACAUAGUUCAGGAGGACCACCCUAUCAUGUCUUUUACCGUUUCAAAGAACGGAAGAUUAGCUUUGUUAAAUGUAGCAACUCAGGGAGUGCACCUGUGGGACCUUCAGGACCGGGUGCUGGUCAGGAAGUACCAGGGUGUGACCCAGGGCUUCUACACCAUCCACUCCUGCUUCGGAGGACACAACGAAGACUUCAUCGCCAGUGGCAGCGAAGACCACAAAGUGUACAUCUGGCACCGGCGUGGAGAGCUUCCCAUCGCCGAGCUCACCGGACACACUCGCACCGUGAACUGUGUGAGCUGGAACCCGGCCAUCCCGGGCCUCAUGGCCUCGGCCUCCGACGACGGCACCGUCCGGGUCUGGGGUCCGGCGCCAUUCCUCGACUCGCAAGAGGCCGACGGACUCAACGAAAACUGCAGUAACAUGGACAGCUGAUGGUCGCUGUCGGAGCCGAUAACGUUUCUCUUUAACAACAACCCAACAAUCCCACAAUAAGACGAAAAUUCCAACUAAACCCGACACCAAGCCAAGCGAAGAAUCUCCAUCCGAAGCCACAAAAAAGAGAAAAACACAAGCGAGAAGAUUUCUGGCGGAGGCGAUGACGACGACGGACUCUGAAAAAUUCACGUCCUCAACCUGGAACCCGGCGGCCCGGAGAACCUCCGAGUCCAGCGGGAACCUCCGCCGGCCGGCAGGCUGCGACUCUUCCAACCAAACCCUUCGUCCUCCAUCCGGCUGCUCGGUGGGCAGACGUCUCCUUAUUGGACCACAGCUGUCUGCUGCUGGACUCACCUGUAAAGUGUCUCCAUGGACCGGGGCGGGGUGUUGGGGGACGAUAGAGCAGCUCUUCUGUAUGUAUGUUUCCCUCUGCCGCCCCUCUUUCUCGCUAGAUUCUCUUUUUUUUUUUUUGGAUAAAACAGGCUGAAAAUCCUCCGUUAAAAAAACAAAUAAAAACAAACACUGACCGACCAGCUCACAGAGAGAGGAAAAAAAACAAAAAACGAGGCUACGCUAAAUGUUUUUAGCUUCAUUUAGCUCCAGUAGCAGCCGUGGGAAGCGUUAGCGUGAAGAUUCCACUUUGUUUUUUCUCAGCGUUUAGAGACGGAAAAAAAAAACUUCUUACUCCUUAAUUUCAACGAGGAUGAGUCACUGUAACAAGGCCCCACCCCCUUCCUCCGAGCUAACUAGCUAGGUAGCUAGCUAAACGCACAACUCCAUCGCAUCUGAGGACGACGGGAGGAUCCACAUACCAGCCGGAGGUUCUUCUGUUUUGUUUUUUUUCCUGCUUCCUCUAAAGACGCUUGGAAGAGUUAAGUGCGACUUAAACGUGCCCACCGGUGACUGCUACAAAAAGGAGGCUACGCUAAAUGUGUUUUAGCUUCAUUUAGCUCCAGUAGCGGCCAUGGAAAGCUCUAGCGUUGUUUUUUCUCAGCAUUUAGAGAAGGAAGAAAAAAACUUUUUACUCCGUAAAUUAAACGAGGACGAGUUGCCAUAACUGUGCCCCGCCCCCUUCGUCCGAGCUAGCUAGCUAGCUGCCAGCUAUUGGCACAACUCCAUCGCAUCUGAGGACGACCGGGGGAUCCACAUACCAGCCGGAGGUUUUGUUUUUUUCCCACUUCCUCUAAGGACACUUUCAGAUGUGGAAGAGUUCAAGUGCGACUUAAACGUGCACGCCGGCGACUGUUACAAAAAACGAGGCUACGCUAAAUUUUUUUUUAGCUUCAGUAGCAGCCGUGGGAAGCGUUAGCGUGAAGAUUCCACUUUUUUUCUCAGAAUUAGAGACGAAAAAACUUUUUACUCCUUAAUUUAAACGAGGACGAGUCGCUGUAAUGAGGCCCCGCCCCCUUCCUCCGAGCUAGCUAGCUAGCAAGCUAACCGCACAACUCCACUGCAUCUGAGGACGACCGGAGGAUCCACAUGCCAGCCGGAGGUUCUUUUAUUUUGGUUUUUUUUUUCCCGCUUCCUCUAAAGACACGUGGAAGGGUUCAAGUGCGACCUAAACGUGCUCGUUAGCGUGACCGAGUGAUGGCAUGACGUUGUUACUGGGUGCAGAUUAAAUCGGCGUGUUUAAUUUUUUAUCUUAUUUUUUUUGUACGUGUGUUCAAUUCGCACCAGCAGAAGAUUCUCCUUCCCCCCAACAUCCCUAAAAAGUCAAAUUGUAAAGAGGAUUUUAAUCAUCCAAAGCCCCUGUAGGGACCUCGAUCUAACAAAGAAUACUUGAGAGCCAUUUUGUAAUAAAUUUUUUUUUUUUUUUUUUUUUUUAAUUGGGGCUUUAAUUCUUCCUUCCCUCCUCCUUCUUUUUACCAUUCAAACGGCACUGACGGAUUCAGAAAGAAAGGUCAUUUAGAAGGUGAAAACCCACACAGACUGCCUUCCUGUUCAUACAGUUGCACACAAACCUUCGGUAUGUUCGAUAAACCCUCCACCCUUCCCUCCACUCGCUGCUCUCUUGCACAUCCAGCAUAAAUCGACAGCAGGAUCUCUGCCUCUAUGCACCCCAAUGCAGCGAAUAAAAGUCUAAAAACAAAAAAAGGAAGUAACGGAAUCGAAAACGAAAUCGGCGUUAAAGAAACCAACUUUCAGAGCUUUCUUCCUCCCCUUUUUUCAGGGUAUGUAAUGACUAUUUGCUACAGUAAAGUGUUUAAAAAACAACAGUGCUUUUUCUGUCUGUUUUUAUCUUUUGUUACUUUUGUUCACAUUUUAUCUUUUAUUUUAUUUUUUCUUUUCGGUUGAUAUUUCCUUGUAUGAUCAUAUUAAAAUAUAACCAGACAUUCGGAGUCCUAAUUAUUAUUAUUUUGUUAACCUGUUCAUCUUUAAUAACCCCUCUUUAUCCUUUGUUUUUUCUCUUUUUUUGUGUUCAUAUCUCACCACUGCUUUCACAACUAAACGAAUAUGCACAGUAACACGAGAGGCCGGACAGGAAGCGUGUUACCUUCAAUCAAAUCAGGUUCGAACUAUCCACCCCUCGCCUUUAACAAGUGUUCCUCCUCCACGUGUUGAACUUUUAUCUUCUCGGUGUGUUUUUUCUUUUUCUUCCUGGACCACAGAACCACUUCCACGCCACACAUCGUUUCAGAAGACCCGACAGAAAAACAAACAAAAAAAAACCUGCUGGUGGCGGCAACAACAACAAAAAAAACAACAAAAAAAUGUCUGUAUGCAACCUGGUGUCUGUUCUGUUUACCGAGGGAGUUGUUUCUAAUUUAACUAUGUCUUAUUCUCAGCGGUGGUGAUGCUGGUGGUGGUGGCGGCGGGUUGGGACCGGGUGGGAAUACAAGGGCUUACUGUAGCAUCGCUAAGUUCCUUUGGGUUCGGGUGGGGAAAAACAAAAAAAAAACAACGAGGGGGAGAUGUGUUGGGAAGGGGAGUUUUUGCGUUCAAUGUGUUAUUUACAUAAAAAAGUGAUUGUACUGUUUUGUAUUGUUGUGUAGGAAAAGUGUAUGUAUGCAUAUUUUCAAUAAAGCAUUCAGGGUUUUGGAAAUAAAAAAACAAAAUCAACAGAAAACAAAGCAGGAGUUUGGUGGCGCCGGAGCUCCCAGUGAAGCCGUCCACCCUGAAUCACUGACUUGCAUGUGUGGAGGCCUCCGCCGGACCAGUUUCUGUACUCAGUGGUUUGUUUCUAAAUGUCUUGGAAGCGAUGUGGAGGGCUAGAGCACCUGGGAGGAGGCCGUCUCUGAUGCCAACGUUAGCAGUAAUAAGAACAAUUGCCAAUAAAGUCAACUUAUUUUAAGUAA